UUAGCUGAAAAGUUUGCCGCACCAAGCUACUGGCUCCAACCAUAUUAUAUGUAAAUGAUGUAAACAAUCAGACUUUAGUAUUAUAUUAUUGUAUUCCUAUAGCCAAACACACAACGGAAGGUGCGUGGGCGGAGGAGGCGUGACUCGAGAUAAAGUUAAUCGCAUCACGCCGGAGAUUUGUCAGUGUGUAAACGAGUUGUCAAAACGUACUCGUGUCAAGUCUGGAUUGAAAUUUAGGUGAAACCUGACUAUUGAAACAUUUCGCUCGUGAUGGAAACAUACGAGAGUAUUUUGCUUGUUAAAUCUGAAGUAUUCGUCUUUAAAAUUCCACCAAGGUCAACGAAUAGGGGUUAUCGAGCAGCUGAUUGGAAUCUUGAGGAGCCGUCGUGGACAGGACGAAUGCGACUGGUAUCGCAAGGUGAUGCCGUUACCAUUAAACUCGAAGACAAAGUUUCUGGAGAGCUGUUUGCUAAAUGUCCAAUCGAUACGUAUCCUGGUAUUGCGGUUGAACCAGUUACAGAUUCUUCGAGAUAUUUUGUACUGAGAAUACAAGACGACAACGGAAGAUCCGCGUUCAUUGGAGUUGGAUUCCUAGACAGAUCGGACAGUUUUGAUCUAAACGUUGCUCUUCAAGAUCACUUCAAGUGGCUGAAGAACCGAGAUCAGAUUGAAAAGGAAAAAGAUGUUCCAAAGCAGGAGUUGGAUCUUAGGUUCAAAGAGGGAGAGACGAUAAAAAUCAACAUGAAAAUUACUAAAAAAGAUGGCAGCGAGGUUUCCUCAAAAUCCAAGUCUCGUGGAAACGCAGCGCUUGGUUUACCUCCACCCCCUGGUGGCGUAAAAAUAGCCCCACCUCCAGCGAGAACCCCAACCUCUUCACCAGCUCACAGAUCGUUCCAAACGCAGCCAAAUCAACCUGCUCAGACUGGUUCUGAAUGGGGAGAAUUUGCAAGUGCAACUCAACAACCACCGGCUUCUGGGUCCGUUGCAACCGCAACGAAUGCCAGCUGGGUACAAUUCUAAUCAAGAUGUAAGAGUUUGAGGUUCAGAUAUGAUAUAGAUUAGGAUAUCUAUACUUAUUGUUUAUCACAUUGCCUAGUUCAAUAAUGAAAUGUUUACAAUGUAACAUAUUCGGAGAUAUCUAACGCAUAUUUCUAUAGUUACUGGUUUUUACAUGGCAAUGAGUUCGAUUUCAGACAAUACACAGUAUUCGGUUUUGCUUUUAUCAUAUUUCUAUGUAUGAAAUUCUGUGUCCAUCAGGUAUCGAUUCCAUGAUUGAUUUCAGUUUCUAAUUUGACUACUGUUGGAAUUAUAUAAGGACUCGAAUUAAAAAAGUAACGCAUUAAUCAUUGAAAAAGUAAAGAAAUUUAUUGACUUUGCGCUAUAGAUGGUUUGUGCCACCCAAUUGAUAUCAGUAUUUAGGGUGAUUUCUAGUAUGUGUUCUCGAUAGUGAUUUGGUCUUUAAUGUAGCCUAGAAUCAUAUAUUUUUUUGUAUCUAUUAUCUAAGUAUUGUUUGUGACUUAUAUUUUAUAAUCAUCAGGUGAAGGAUGUCUCUGUGUCUAAUAUGUAGCUGUGAGUUUUUUCAAAAGAGUAGAAAAUCGCGUGAUCCUCACGGCAAACGACUGGCAAAACAUCCCGAUGCACAAAUUCGGAAUCACUCGGUAGGAAGGAUUUUUAAACGCAUUUUGCGAAUUUAUCCUGUUACAAACAAGGCCUGAAUUGUUGCUAGCUUUUGAUGUUUGUAUAUAUUAAAAGAGUUGAAAAAAUCCUGUUAACAUAGAUGAAUGUGUGCAAUACCCAUACCUACAUAAAUCACAAUGAAUAGAAAAGGUAUACAUAUGUGUAUUCAUAAGAGAUGUGUGUGUAGGUAUGCGUAUAUACAACAAGAUAACUUAAUUGUGUUGCUAUAGUAUUUAAAGGGGUAAAAUACCGGAUGAUUGAAACAUUAUAUGAAGUUGCAAUUGAUAGCAGCGGCAUGCUUGAAAUAAGACAAGUAUAAUUUUUAAGUUAUACAUUUUUUGACUUACAAAGAUUAGGUGUUACUGAAAACUAUAAGUUAAGUUUGUGAUUGAAUAACUAUAGAGUUAUAUAGUUCGUUAUCAUUCUCAAUUAAGUAACAGACUUGAAAACGAAAACUUGAAGAAAAAAAAACUAAACUGUUUAGCAUUCAAAAUAUUUAGGUUUAUACUUAUGAAAUUAGUAGCAAGUUGUACAAGCAAUGCAUUGAAACUUAACAUAUUCAUCGAAAUACAUUACACAGCUACCACCAGUUUUUCAUACCCUCUAAAAAAAUUAUAUCCAAUGUGUUAAAACUCGAUUAUUCGUGAACUGAAUUGCAUGUAAGCAAUUUCUGUACAUAAUAUGUAACGAUUAUCCAUUUUUCAUUAAUAUAUAAGUGGAACCAAUUAUUUCAGAAAAAAAAUAGAAAUUGUCAAACACCCGAAAAGAAGACGAAUUUUAAAUUGGCAAAAGAGAUUUGAUUACUUUUCUUUAGGCGAUAUUAACGAGCAUGCAAUACGUUUGUCCUGUGACACAAUAUGCAUGAAUAUAUUAUCAGUUAGGUAAUCUCUUUUUUCGUAUAACAUGCGCGUAUAAUACAUAAAUAUUCUUAAAAAAUAAAGAUAAUUAUAAUAUCUUGGAAUAUAGCAUAUAGGGCCAUGUUAUAUGAAACAGAAAUAAGAAGAAAAAUUAAUAAGUUCCAUUCCAUAGUAUACAAUAUAUUUACUUCAAAAGAGAAAAAAAUGUCAACUAUACAGUCUGUGCGUCGCAAGAUGGUCUAUUGUUAUACUUAUGUGUACCGACAAGUUAUGUGUUGGGGUCCAAUUUACGGCGUGAAGCACUGAUAGCAGAAUCGUAUAUUGUUAUAUUCUAUUACAUAAUAUAUAUUUAUGUCUGUCGAUAUAAUAAAAUGCAUAGUUAGUACGAUA